CACGCCGACUAUCGUGAGCCAUGUCGGUCACGGCACCAUCUGACUCUUGGGGCAGCCCGUCUACAGGGUUUCCAGCUGUCGUUCCGCAGCCGCACAGGCCGCCAGAGUCUGUGAAAGACGACUGGGACGACGAUGACGAAUCCGACGGUGAUGAAGACCCGCAGAAGGUCUGGGAGGAUGCAAACAAGAAGGCUCCUAUGCCCGAGCUCGUUAUCUCGUCGACGUCCGCGACGUCCGCGCCAGCGACGGCGGUGCCCGCGCAGGCGUUGCAGCCGUCGCUGCGCAUCCUGAAGCGGCCCUCCGCGCCCGCGAGCCCGGCGCUCGCGACGGCGUCCUCUGCCGAGGCGCAGCAGAAGUCGCUCGCAGAACGCGAGGCAGAGUACCGCGCGGCGCGAGAGAGGAUCUUUGGCAGCUCGUCGAACCCGUCCAGCCCCCCGGCGGAGACCCGCGAGCCUUCGUCUCCGCCUCUCGGCUCAGCAGCCAAUCCCCCGCCCGAGCUCGCCGUGAAGCCUAUCCGCAACCCGCGUGGACCAGACUCUGGUGGUAAUAGCUCCUCGGCUAGAGGUGCUGGAGCUUCGAGGGGGUUCCGGGGAUCUAAUCUUAGGAAUACUUCCACAAGAGGACGACCGACCUAGUUUCCGGAUCUCAUUUUACCUGUAUGGAACGUCUUACUACUCCCGCUCCGUAAAGCUUUGCAUUUUC